CGAACGAAAGUAUCACUCAAAAGGCGAUCAAAGUCCACUUGAAAAUUAUACGUAAUUAUGCGGAAAUUACAUAUGCAAAAUUAAAUAAAAUAUGCUAAAAAAAGCUUCGAGAGCACAUGUUACUCUUACAGCCGUGAAGGAACAAAAGUGAACUUCAAUAUUGUUAUAAUUGCCACUGUUAUAUCUGUUUUGAAACCGUUAAUCUUAUUGUGAUUUUAUAAUUGUUGUUGUGUCAAUAUCACGGUGCCUUGUUUUCAUAACAUUCAAUUCUUCAUUGUCUUUGAUUUAGUUAACAUUUUUGUGUAAAUAGAAUAAUGUCAGUAAGCUCUGGUUCAGAUUUGUCCGAUUAUGAAGACAUUACUGAUACAUAUAAAGUAGAAGAAGACACUACAACUUUGAAAGUUUUAGACAACACCAAGCCUUGCAUUUGCGAUUCAGUUGAGGAAGCUACUCGAUUUCUUCAUAGUUAUGAAAUCAGUAAUUCUGUUAAGUUUGCUGCCCUUUCCACUCCAAAGAGCUUUGGAAGUUCAGUUAUACAUGGAACCCAACAUAAAGUAUUAUGGGAAACAUCUGAAGACUAUGCUACUCCUUAUAUUAUAUUAUCUACAAAAAGAUACAAUUGUCACCAUGGUUUCGAUCGGAACGCUGCUGCAAAAAGGAAGCAUAAUGAGGCAAAAGAAAAUCAGAAAGUGGAUCAUUUAUACAUAACUAAUUAUGUUAUCAUACAAGAUACUAAAAAGUUUAAUUGUCCUGCAAAAGCCAUUAUGAAAGAAGUGGUAUAUUUCACUGACUUCAAGCUUAUUAAUUCCAGUAAUUAUCGUAAGAAGCAACAGUCAAAAGAAAUAAAAUAUUCGUUGCUACAAAAAAAGGAUGUGGUAAUUAGUCGAAAAAUUAUUGUUGAGAUAGACAGCUUAAAUGAUCACAAAAAUCACCCUCUUGGCAAGAUUGAGCUACUCUCACAAAAAAUUGAUCCACGCUUAUCAGUUAAAAUUUCUGAAUACAUUAAAGAUGGUGUUUCUAAUGUGCGUGAGAUGAGAAGACUUUUAAAUAUUACUGUCAAUGAAAUGUUUGGAAAGAAAAAUCUUCCUUCUAGAACCAACAGAAGAUUUUAUCCAAGAACUGACAUAAUUCGUUCGCACAUGGUCAAAGAGCGUCUAAAGCAAAGAUACUCGAACAUCGACCAAGACUGCUUAGAAAUCAAAAUAAAAGAAUGGAAAGAAGCUGACUCAUCUGCCAAUAUCUAUUUUCGACCUAAAGAACGGGGUAACAGUGCUGAGCUCUUGUUUGUAUACCAAGCAUUUUGGCAAAAAAAACUGCUAAAAAAAUAUGGGAAUGAGAUGUUGUUUUUGGAUGCAACAUACAAAACGACACGAUAUUCUUUACCUUUGUUUUUUUUGGUUGUCAAAACAAAUGUGGAUUAUCAAAUUGUAGCAACCUUUGUAAGCGAAAGUGAAACUUUUGAAUCGAUAUCUGAAGCACUUGUUAUCUUAAAGUCUUGGAAUGAAGAUUUGCAACCUCUUUAUUGCAUGACUGAUUAUUGUAAUGCUGAGAUACGUGCUCUCGAAACUAUUUUUAUUGGAUGUAAGGUAUUUAUAUGUGACUUUCACAGAGAACAGUCUUGGGACCGUUGGCUAAAAAAGCUAUCAAGUGGUUGCUCUAACAGAAAAGAUGAUAUUUUAUGUAUUUUAAGGCGACUCGCUUGGUCAAAGUCAAUUGACGAGGAAGAAAAUGCUCAAAGAAUAUUGGAACAGUCUGAAUUCUGAAGUCAAGAAAGCUUUACUAAGUUUAAACAAUAUAUAGAAAAGUAUUGGCUCCCAAUUAAAAAAAGGUGGGUUUGGUGGUACAGGCAGGAUCGUCUUCUUAUCAAUUGCAAUACAAACAAUGGUGUGGAAAGGCAGAAUGAGUCUUUUAAAUAUACUUAUUUACAGCGACAUAAAAACUCAUCAUUGACUGGAAUGUUAACUUUGCUUAUUGAUGACUUCUUCAUUGAUAAACUUGACAGCUAUACUGAUUCCAACUUUAAAAUGGAUGCACGUUACAGAAGGUAUGCACGUUGGGUGCCAAGUUAACUUUACAACCGUCCUCAUAGCUUUGUUAAACAUUGCCUAAUAAAAAAAAGUAACGUUGAGAAUCUUGAUUUGUCCGGAGUAAUCAUAAUUAAACAUGGAGUUUUUGCUGUACUAAGUUCUACCAAGCCAGCUACUAAAUAUUUUGUAUCAUUUGGUGAUGAGAUUACAAUGCCAAAAUGUACUUGUUUAAAUUGGAUAUCAACUGCAUAUCCAUGUAAACAUUUUUUUUUAGUAUUUAGAAAGUACCCUGCUUGGUCAUGGAGUGCUUUGUCAUCAUUAUAUCUACGUUCACCAUUCUUAAACUUAGAUGCUGAUGAUUACGAAGCAUCACACGAAAAACCACCAUUAAGUAGGCCGGAAAGUUCAAUUCUACCUAAAAAAGAAUUAAAUGUCAUUAAUGAUUGGAAUGAAAAAUCUAAAAAAAUUACAAGUGUUUGCUCUGGAGUAAAUGUUAGGGAAAUGCUUACAACAAUUAAAAACUUAACAUAUGAAUUUGAGGAAAAUUCAGAAGAAAUUGUUCUUGUUUAUAGCACUCUUGCUUCUCUCAUUAAAAAACUUAAAAAAUAGAACUAAAGAAUCAGGAAUUCCGCUUUCUCCAUUGGAUAUCAAGUUGCCUUGUCAUUUAAAAAGGAACAUUCCAAUUCCUGUUCGUAAACCAAUGAAGCUUCCUACUGAUCGCGUAGGUAAUCACAAAGAUAUGGUUAUUGCAUCUUCUAAAAUAUUUCUAGAGGAAAAAAAACACAAAACCGAGCCGAUUGAGGUCGACAUUAUUGAACAUAUUGAUGGAAAUAGUAUAAUUAUUGAUGAUGAGUCAGUUACUAUUAAUGAAAAUGAUGGAUUCGAGAUAAAAAGACUAAACCAUUUAUCACCUAACUGUAAUCUCUCUUCCAAUGAUUUGAACGAUAUUUUAACAAACCAAAUGUUAUCUGACAUUGUAAUCCACACCAUGCAAAAGAUGAUCACAGGUGUAGGCGGUCUCCAAGACCCAGUUCUU